AGUCCUAGUUGGAGCCGACUAUCUCUAUCUUUUGUGUUUUGUCGGCUCCCCAGUCUUUUUAUUACAACUAAAGACAACAUCGUGCGCAUCUGUUUCCACUGCACUUUCCGUUUCAACUUACCACUUCUUCUUCUUUCUCUUCUCUUGAUCCACUCUUUAUAAUUUAUCUUUCAGCUUCAAGAUCGCUUCUUUCCAUCUCUUUAUUUCUGGGUUUCUUGUUUCUUCAGUUUCCGGGUUGCAGUUUGGGAAUUAAUCUCGGUUCAAAAAGUUAACAGAUAUCAGCUUAACUGGUUUUAAGUUUCGCUUAACUUUGUCUUGGAUGGAUGAAAGAGUAUCACCUUCUGGUAGAUUAAAAUAUAUGUACCAGAGAAUUUCAAUGUCUCUGGCCUUGGUUGUUCUUGAGUGGCUUUUAAUGUUUAUGCUGUUCUUUGAUGCAAGUUUCUCAUACUUGAUUACAAAGUUUGCCCGCUUAUGUGGGCUGCCAAUUCCUUGUCUGCUUUGCUCGAGACUUGAUCACGUUAUAGGAAAGGAGAAGAAAGGAUUCUAUUGGGAUUUGAUAUGUCACAAUCAUAAGUUGGAGAUAUCUUCUCGAGUUUAUUGCCAUGUUCACGAUAAACUUGUUGAUGUCCAAGAGCUGUGCGAGAAUUGCCUCUUCUCGUGUGCCACAGUAAAUAAGUCUAAUGCAGAAACAUAUCGAGUAUUGGUAGGUAAAUUAGGAACCAAUCCUCCCACUGGUAUUAAGGAAAUAUUAGUGGAUUCGAAUUGUAGAUAUAAUUUCUCAAAGACAAAAAUCUGCUCUUGUUGCCAGAAGCAAUGGAUUUCAGGAGGAAUUACUCAAAACAAACUUCACACUGCACCAUUUAGUCCUGGCGCUAAUGCUUCUGAACAUAAUGAACCUUUGCUGGUAAAUACCGAACACCACAUGGAUGAAAUGAAGAAAACAAUAGAUGAAUCAGCUAUGUCAUGCAGAACUUCUUGUUUGAAGAAUAUCUCUUGUGAUCCUUUGUCACAUGUAGAAUAUAGUAAAGCAGAGAUUACUUCUGAUGGUGCAUCAGAGAUCCCUCAUUAUGAUGAUAGAGCUUUAAUUCAUGAAACAGAUAGUCUUAUUGUCAGCGAAACUGUUUGCUGUGUGGAUAAUGAUCUUUCCGCUAGACAUCUUGUAUCUCCCUCUAAGCCUUCAGAUUUAGAUUCAGAUGCACUGUUGGUAAACCAUGGAUUGAAAGAAUUUAAGCCGCAAGAUGUCAACCAUAAGUUUGAUCUACCUAUCCCGUCAGACCUAAUAACUUUUGAUGAGGUUCCUCCAUCUAAUGUUGCAAAGCUCCAUAAAACUGCUUCUGAUGAGCUUAUAUCUGUUCAUGAGGUUUCUUCAUCCAAUUACACAAGUGCUCCUGUUAAAGUGUCAGGAGAACCAUUAAUGAUUCCAGAAGCAGAUGAACAUGAUCAGGAAAAUGCUCCAGAGAGUGAAGUCAAUGCUAAGGUCGAAAGUGAGCCACUUGCAGAGACUGAAGCACGCUUGGGUGAAAUUUCCACUCUGACUAACACUGGUUCAAUUAUGCCGAGUAAUUUGGAUCUUGGUGAUGCUUAUAAGCUAGCUGUUGGCAAUACAAGAAGGCAGUUGUCUGGAAAGCUUUUAGAACAAAUAUCUAUGAAGGAUUCUACAAAGCUUAGUGAAGAUUUGAAGAUGUUAUUGUCACAAAUGUCUGCUGCCCGAAGUCUGGAGUUACCUUUGUAUGAUAUUAGCCCUAGAGUAUCAGGAAAUUUUGAUGACAUAAGAAGUACUGAUUCUUCUCUUGGCACGGGAAUGCAUUUACUUCAAAAAAGAAUUUCUCUUGAAAGGAACGAAUCUGGCUUGUCUAUAGACGGAAGUAUUGUUGGUGAUAUCGAAGGCGAAAGUGUGGUUGACAGAUUGAAGCGGCAGGUAGAGCAUGAUAGGAAAUUGUUAGGUGCUUUGUAUAAGGAAUUAGAGGAAGAGAGAAAUGCUUCUGCAGUAGCUACAAAUCAGGCAAUGGCUAUGAUUACCAGAUUGCAAGAAGAGAAGUCGGCACUUCAUAUGGAAGCCUUGCAAUGCCUAAGAAUGAUGGAAGAGCAGGCUGAGUAUGAUGUUGAAGCAUUGCAGAAAGCAAAUGAUCUGAUUGCAGAUAAAGAGAAAGAGAUAAAAGAUUUAGAAGCCGCAGUUGAACUUUAUAGGGAAAAAUUAGGGAAUGAAUCAUUAGUCCAUUUUGUUACAGAGCCGUAUUCUGAUAUUAAGACAGAAGACCUUGGAGUGGAGAAUACACAAUUAGCUUGAACAAAAAGGACAUAAUGUCUAUAAACAGUUUGACUGAUCCACAGAGUUCAUUGCCGGGGUUUGAUAAUGAGAGAUGAUUCUUUAGUACAGCAUAUACUUGAUGAGAAGUGUGCAUAGCCUAUGAAGACAACAGGGUAAAUUUGUACAGAUUUGCAACAUUUUCCUUCCGAUAUAGAGUUAUAAGAGAUUGCGAGUACUCUGAGUGUGGUUUCCUUCUCUCUCUUUUUUUUUGUUUCCAAAGUUUGAUAAUAUACUGAGUUUUGGAAGAGCCUCUUGCUCUUUAUCUUUUACUUGCAAGUAAUGAGGUUUGGCUCGAAUCAAGUGUGUAAAGUUUAAACUAGUCAGUUUGCUAAUUUUGUGAUGUUAAUACAGAACUUGGGUUUGAUCUA